UCUUGGAAAAUACUCUCUCAUGGAGAAGACAGAUAGAGAAACUCGUGAUUUCAUGAACGUUGAAUCCUUCUCUCAGCUACCUUUUAUCCGUCCAGUUCCAGGUCCAGGUCCAGCUCCAGCACCGCCUAAAGAAAAGACCGGCAUUAGGCUUUUCGGAAAAGAAUUUGGAGUUGGUACUGGUGAUGCUGAGGAAUCAGAAUCGGAAACCAUUGAAACAGAAGAAAUUAUAAAAGAGAAUUCAACUACUAAUCGGAAAUUUGAAUGUCAUUAUUGUUGCAGGAAUUUCCCAACUUCACAAGCAUUAGGAGGACAUCAAAAUGCGCAUAAGAGAGAACGUCAACAUGCUAAACGAGUUCAUCUGCAAUCUGCAAUGGUACAUGGUGCAGCAGCUGAAGCAAAUAAUAUUUAUGGUAUAAUGAAUUAUCGCGUUCCUAAUUAUCAUCAUCAUCAUCAUCCAUCAACAUGGAUGAUAAACAGUACUAGCAGAUUUUAUGGAAGUCCUUAUAACUCUUCUCCUCAUCAUCAUCAUCAAACUCCGCCUAUUAAUGGAAGUCCAUUAGCGUUAUGGAGAAUUCCAGCAGCACCAACUUAUAAUAAUUCUUCUAAUUAUGGUCGUCCAGUCGUGUUUACUGCUAAUAAUCAUCAGGAUUUCAAGUCUUCUCCAAUUAUCAAUACGACUUCAUCUUCUCAAGAUCAUGUGAGUUUAGAUCUACAUUUGUGAAGAAACUA